UACAGCUUCUUGCUUUCUGUUUCUGGUCUACCUGACUUGUUCCUUCAAACACUCUCUCUCUCUCUCUCUCUCCACAAUCUUUGAAUGGGUCUUGAUUCCCAUGUUAUAGGGUAUUCAAUGUCGGCUGCAAAUCCCCAAAGACCGAUCCACUUGUUCAAAAACAUAUGUAGAGAGAGAGAGAGAGAUAGAGAUAGAGACAUGGUCCUUGCGUAUGUGGAGGAAGAUGGUCAAAGGUUUUAGUUGAGAAAAAAAAAGGCACAGAGAAAUUGGUAUUCUGAAUGUUGGGUUACUUAUUUUCAAAACCCUAAUCUUGAUUGUUACUUUGCCCCUUUCCUAGAAGUAUCCCCAAUUAGCUUUCUUUGUAUUUGUAGAAUUUGACAACGAUUGGGAGAUGUUAGGGCAAGAACAAGACAACGGCCGGCCAUCCGCCGCCGGUGGUGGUGGUGGUGCUAAUCGGAAAUCAUAUUUACGGUCGGUUUCGUGGACUGACAGGUCACCUAGAACCCCUAGUCCUCGGCCGAAACCGAACAAUAAGUCCAGGUUGUGUCUUCCACCUCUACAACCCCUUUGGAUAUCCCAGAAGAACCUUGAGGACUGGCCAAAGGCAGGCUCUGAUGAUCUUGGCAUAUGGCCUCAAGCCCCUACCCCCGGGGCAAAAGGGUCAAUUAAACAAACUCUGAACCUGGACUCAGAACAACCCGAAAGAGAAUUCGAAUGCAAAAAAGACAAGCUUGCCUUUUUCGACAAGGAGUGUUCGAGAAUCACGGAUCAUAUUUAUUUAGGGAGCGAUGCGGUAGCAAAGAACCGGGAAGUUCUUCGCGAUAAUGGGAUCACCCAUGUGUUGAAUUGCGUUGGUUUUGUUUGUCCUGAAUAUUUUAAGAAUGAGCUUGUAUAUAAGACCCUUUGGCUGCAUGAUAGCCCGUCUGAGGAUAUCACGAGUAUACUCUAUGAUGUUUUUGAUUACUUUGAGGAUGUUCGAGAACAAAGUGGGCGAGUGCUCGUCCAUUGUUGCCAAGGGGUGUCACGAUCGACCUCUUUGGUUAUUGCAUACCUCAUGUGGUGGAAGAAGCAAACCUUUGAAGAUGCUUUCCAAUAUGUGAAGGCGGCACGUGGGGUGACGAAUCCCAACAUGGGUUUUGCUUGCCAGCUGUUACUAUGCCAGAAUCGAACAUUGGACUUUCUGGCGAGCCCGAAUUCGGUGUUGCGGAUGUAUCAUAUGGCACCUCACUCCCCGUAUGAUCCCCUUCAUCUUGUGCCAAAAAUGUUGAGUCAGACAGGUGCUGAAGGCCUUGAUUCUAGAGGAGCGUUCAUUAUUCAUGUUCCUUCGGCCGUUUAUGUGUGGAUUGGGAAGUAUUGUGUCUCAGUGAUGUCGGAUAUUGCAAGGGAAGCUGCCUUUCAGGUAAUCAGAUAUGAAAUGGCACAGGGACCAGUUGUGACCAUCGAAGAAGGUAAAGAGCCAUCUGAAUUUUGGGAGUCUAUUGUGAACAAAGAACUCUUAGCUGAUGGUAGCGGUGAAAAUGGUUCUGCGUUUGAUGGUGAAAGGAAGGUUGAUCUUUAUGAUAAGGACUUUGAAAUGUUCCAUAAGGCGCUUUCUGGUGGGAUUGUUCCGCCUUUUCCACUGUCUGGAGCUAGAUCCGAAACUUGUCUUCCGGCUAGGGAAAAUGGCUGGGGCAUAUUGAGAAAGAAGUUUGCCAGGGGGAAUUUGAAAGAACUUAUAAGGUCAUCUAAAUUGAGCAUUGAAGCCACUACAUCAAGUCAUGGAUCAGACUACCCUGAUUCUCCAUUGCCUUCGAGCUGUAAAUCUGGUUCACCGGAUCUCUUCUUUUGUUCUCCAACUGGCAGCCUCUCUGAUCCUCUCACUGAUCCUUUAUCGUCACCAACACCCAGUUGUAGUUAUUCUUUUUCUUCUUUUCUCGAAAGUAGCCCAAAGUUCGGUUCCAAAUCCCCUUCACUCUCCCCUUCAACAUCUGAUUUCUCCAGUUCGUUUACUUUCUCACCCUCUUCUUCUAACUGGUCCGACUUGUCGUAUUUAUCAUCUCAGUCUUCACCGUCUGGGUUAGAAUCUCCAAAUCCUUACCGCAAAAAUGAUACUUCCUUGGGGGAAAAUGUUUGUUAUCUUUGUAAAAGAACUUCUCAUUCUUGGGAAAAAGCAUUUUCUGGUAACCAUGUACUGACGGAGUCAAACGCUUGUUUUCCGUGCAAGGGAACUACCCUCUCUAUUGCUGAGCGCAGGGGGAGUAAUCCUCCGCCGCGCAUGAGGCUUCCUUCAGUUGAUGAGACAUCUCAAGUUCCACAGCGCCUAACAAGAUCAUAUUCGUUUUCUCUACCUGAUUCAGAGGAUAGCGUGAUGAGGGAUGUCGAGUGCAACCAGAGUGAGCAAGAAGGAUUUUUGGAUGCUGAAAUGGUAGAUGUUCCUCCCAAUGAAUUACAGUGUGAUAUUGAAAGGAGAGAAUAUGAUGCAUUUGAUCUUCCAUCAAGUGAUGCAAGAAGUAGUGUUACAGAAGCGGAAGUAACCAACUUGGUUCUUUAUAAGUGGCCUACUUUGGAUAAAGUAGAUAUGCACCCCUUUAAUAACCUAGAUUCUACAUCUGUGUAUCUAACAUACGACUCAGUUGGAAGCUCAGGGACAAAUAAUGCUAAUGUUUUGUACAUAUGGCUGGGGCGUCAAUUUUCUUGCGGAGACGGGAAGCAUCAACUGAUCAGUAGUGAUGAGGGAAGCGAAAAUAGUCAUAUCCAGUGGGAUACGGUUGGCUGCAACUUUCUUAAACAGAUGGGUUUGCCGUUGAAUUCCUCCGUGCAGAUUGUGAGAGAAGGUGAGGAGCCAGAGCAGCUCCUAAAUCAUCUGAACUGGUUCUCAUUUCACAAGGCGGAGACCUGAGGCGACAAACCGAGGGGAUAGAAAGAUGAUUCAAACCCUCCAGAAACAUCCAGAUUAAGAGGUUAUGGUCAGCGAUCUGUUGCAGAUUUUUUCAUACAAAUUGGCAUCCCAGGCAGUAGAAGUGCUUCUACUCUGCUUGUGUGAUGUAUGCCACUGGGUUUAUGACAAAUCAUGUACAGAAGACUAGCCUUCUCUAUAUGCAUAUAGGAGUGAGUAUAUAAGCGAAUAAUUGCAGUCGGAUGAAUAAUUAUAUGCAAUCGAUUUUCUUUUAAUCUUGUUGUAAAUCUAGCAAACCUUAUUGUUGAUAUAGCUUUCGCUAAACACAACGCCGAAGGUGUUGCUUUUCAUGGCCAAUGUUUGCGAUUUUCAGUACUUUCAGUUGGAUUGUAUGAAGGGAACUUCGUGCUCGGUGAGAGUAACAUUGUUAGAUGUAGUUAAUGAGGUUUGCACUUCUAUCAAAUGCAUGGAGUACAUGGUACCUGCCAUUUGGCUACCGCUCCACUUGUGUAUUAA